AAUUUACAGAUUUUUAAAAUUGACGCGACCUUUUUUUUGCUAGCCAAAUCAGUUUAGCGUAUCAUAGAGAAAUACUUGCUGACUGCAGAUUUUUUUCGGAUACACAGACUUUUCCAAUCCUGUCUGAAGAUUUUUAAUUUUUUUACCUGGCAUCUCUGUUUAUAUAUAUAAUCUUACCAAAACAAAUUGAAUCUGGUAGACAAUAUGUCAUAUACUUAAAAUAAGACAAAAAACCAUAACUUGCUAAAAGUGAAACUAAACGUAUUGUAUAUUUUCAAAAGUCAAUCUCCGGUACUGUUAAAAUGAGCAGUGGUUUUAUAACCGAAACGGAAUUGGCCGAGGCACGCCAAAAGCGUCAAGAAGAAUGGGAGAAAGUACGUACAGCAGAUCAACCUUUGGAGGCUCCAGAGGAAGAGUAUGAUGGUCGGUCAUUGUACGACAGACUUCAGGAGCAGAAACAGAAAAAAGAUCUAGAAUUUGAAGAGGCACAUAAGCUAAAGAACAUGAUAAAAACUUUAGAUGAUGAUGAAGUGGAGUUCCUAGAUCUUGUUGAUAAAAAUAAGUUAAACGCCGAGCGACGAGCACAAAUAGAAGAGGCAAAAGAAAUGUCAGAGUUUCGACAGAAGGUGGCUUCAUUGCAGGAACAAAGAAUGGAUGAACAUAUUCAGCAACAAAUGUCAAGGGCUAAACAAACAAAAGCACCAAUAGUCUCUAGCAGAUUGUCCCAGAAGAAGAUUCUAGCUGGUGUAGUGGUAAAGAAGCGUAAGCACGAAGAUGAUCCGUCUGUAUCCGUCCCCAAUGAAGCCAGUUCCAGUGAUGGAAAAAAGGAUAAUCUAGCUCAAGAAACUGAAAAUAAUUUGUCAAAACAUUUGGAGGUUCCUAACAAUGAAAAUAUCACCAACAAAAAGUUGAAGAGUGGUGCUAUGCAAGUGAUUGGAAUUCUGCCCGGCCUCGGAUCAUAUCGGGAGUCUACAGAUUCAGAGGCCAGUACCGAUUCCGAUGAUGAAGCAGGACAAUAUGAUUGGAUUGGCAGAAAGCUCGUCAAAGAAAAAGAAAUCAAAUAAUUUUAGACUAAGUUGUUCGAAAAUAAAAUACAAAUAUCAAAAUCUA